AUAGGCCCUACCUUACCGGUGGUCAGAGUCUGUUGGCGCUAACAGACUCUGGCCAACGGAGCGGUCUUUCUCCAGGUUUGAGUUAUCGACCCAAUGUGAACUUUCUGACCUCACUGAUAGCAUACCGAGCAGCUGAUCCCCAAUCCUUUAUGCCCUACGUCCAAAACAUUCGCACCUUUAUGUACCUCUACGAGGAGGUGAACAUUCGACCGCAGGAUUCCUUUGCCAGCUGUGAGGAUAACAUGAAAACACCCGACGUAGCCGACCAGGUUUGCAAAUUCUUUCCAAUGGUUCUCGGACCCUGCGUAAAAGAGAACAAUUAUGGUUAUGACCGCAAUGAGCCAUGCAUCAUUCUAAAAAUAAACAAGGUUUACGGAUGGGUUCCGGAUAUUGUGAACAAAACGAUGGGUCAGGACCCCCUCCUUACUUGUCAGGGCCUGAACAACUUGGGCAAUGAAGGAUUCGGAAGAAUGCGUUAUUUUCCCAACGUUACAAUUGACGGGAAGGUUUAUGGCUACUUCAGCAAUCUCUAUUUUCCCUAUAUCGUCCAAUACGCCUACCGGUCUCCGCUGGUCGCCGUCCAGUUCGUCAACAUUACCCGGCACAGUCUCUUCAUGAUAUCCUGCUCUCUCCUCAAUGUGCGACAUACGGCUGGACCGGUCAAAUUCGAACUUUUAGUGGACUGA